UUAAAUGCACAUUCUAGCUUAGAGCUAUUAGCACUAAGCCAAACGAGUGUGGGACACAAAUAACCACUCAUACAACUAUCAGAAACGACUAGCCACCUGUUCACAAAGAAAGCUACUAACAUUAUGGAGAGUGAGAAGGUUUCUCCAUAUAGGCCGACUCUGACCUACAGAGUGCUGGAAUUCAUCUUUCUACUACUGACUACAAUCAUCCUGGGAGUCACAUUUCUUACAAACAUACUCUCCAAUGUUGAAGGGGCUGGAUUCAGAAAUGGAACGCAAGAAAUCUCUGAUAUCUUCUACACACAAAUCACUCCUGCUGGAUGGACAUUUGCUGUAUGGGGAGUCAUAUAUACCGCUCAAGUCCUCUGGAUUGUCUAUGGUUGGUCUUUUGUCUUCAGACCUGCAACACCACGGGCAAUCUCGUUUGUUACUUACAUCUUUUAUGGAUUUGCAAACCUUUGUAAUAUCACAUGGAUCUACUUAUGGGGUAAUUUGUAUGCUCAAGUUGCCUUUGGAUUUAUAGCCCUGUUUGGCAUACUUCUAUAUGCCACUGUGAUUGCACAGGCCAUUCACCUCUACAGGGAAACACCUGCUCUCUCCUCUACAAAGAAGUUCAAGAUUGAUUUGUACCUCAGUCGAAUUAUUGUUUUGAACAGCGUAGCUAUAUAUGCUUGUUGGCUUACUGCAGCUACUCAACUGAACUUCGUCAUUCUUCUUAUCUACUAUGGUGGUGUUGAUGCUACCACGGCUGGUACUGUUGGCCUGUCCAUUCUUCUUGUGGUCAUCAUCGUCUAUUUUAUUCUAGAGAACACGAUUUUGGACAGAUUCGCACGAUUUGUGUUUGUCGUGUACCCGUUAUUCAUAUGGGCUUUCUCUGGUAUAGUAUCAGCACAUUGGGGAGUGGAAGAGGACAAUCGAAACCCAAUCUUUACUGUCGUGUUGUUGGUGUUAUGCAUAGUGCUGUUCAUUGUCAGGAUCAUUCUAUGGAUUGUCUUUGCAUUUGUACGUCCUCUGGCUGUCCCAAAACCUAAGAUUGUUGUGUGAGACAUUAACUUCCAAAAUCUAAGAUAGCUAUGUGAGAGAAACAAUGUAGUUAUGCAUAUAAUUGUGUUCUGUGUGCCAGUACUUGUAGUCAUGAAUAGAACAUUGAAAUCAGUGCUCAGAGUUCUAUAGCAACCAGUUAUUAAUAUCAUUUUUAUGAAGUUGUGUUAGCAUAAAUGAUUAUACAUUCAUCUAGGUUCUCUCUUG